UAUAAGCAAUGGGCCUGAGUCAGUCCGGGCAUUAGUUCAAGAAGAACCACAGAGAGGAAAAAGCUCAAGACACCAAGGAAACUAGUCUAAGAGACUUUGCUGAGAUCAUUUGACAGCUUUGAGCAACAGAGAUUAUCACUGAAAGACCUCUAAAGCAACAAGCAAGAUGUCCUCAGCUAAGGGAAUAUCUAUUGGCAUUGAUCUGGGCACCACCUAUUCUUGUGUCGGGGUUUUCCAGCAUGGUAAAGUGGAGAUCAUUGCCAACGAUCAGGGCAACAGGACCACUCCCAGCUAUGUGGCCUUUACUGACACAGAGCGGCUCAUUGGAGAUGCUGCCAAGAAUCAGGUUGCCAUGAACCCCACCAAUACAAUCUUUGAUGCCAAACGGCUCAUUGGGAGAAAGUUUAACGACUACAUUGUCCAGUCCGACAUGAAGCUCUGGCCUUUCAAGGUGAUCAGUGAUAGCGGAAAGCCGAAAGUCCAGGUGGAGUAUAAAGGGGAGACUAAGGCCUUCUACCCUGAGGAAAUCUCCUCCAUGGUCCUGGUUAAAAUGAAAGAGAUUGCAGAGGCCUACCUGGGACAGAGGGUGUCAAAUGCAGUAAUCACAGUCCCAGCUUAUUUUAAUGACUCCCAGAGGCAAGCCACCAAGGACGCCGGGGUGAUCUCUGGACUGAAUGUUCUGAGGAUCAUCAACGAGCCAACAGCAGCAGCCAUUGCCUACGGCCUGGAUAAAGGUAGAAGAGGAGAGCGCAACGUGCUCAUCUUUGAUCUUGGUGGAGGCACCUUUGACGUUUCCAUUCUAACCAUUGAGGACGGCAUCUUUGAGGUGAAGGCCACCGCGGGAGACACACACCUUGGUGGGGAGGACUUUGACAACCGGAUGGUCAACCACUUUGUAGAGGAAUUUAAAAGAAAACACAAGAAGGACAUCAGCCAAAAUAAGAGAGCAGUGAGGAGGCUGCGUACAGCUUGUGAGAGAGCGAAGAGGACCCUGUCCUCCAGCACCCAGGCCAGCAUUGAGAUCGACUCUCUGUUUGAGGGCAUCGACUUCUACACCUCCAUCACAAGGGCACGCUUUGAGGAGCUAAACUCUGAGCUCUUCAGGGGAACACUGGAGCCAGUUGAGAAAGCCCUGCAAGAUGCCAAGCUGGAUAAGUCCAAGAUCCAGGAAAUCGUCCUGGUUGGUGGCUCCACAAGAAUUCCCAAAAUCCAGAAGCUCUUGCAGGACUUCUUUAAUGGCAGAGAACUGAACAAGAGCAUCAACCCAGAUGAAGCUGUGGCCUACGGUGCAGCAGUCCAGGCUGCUAUCCUCAUGGGUGACACCUCUGAGAACGUCCAAGAUCUGCUGCUGCUGGACGUGGCUCCCCUGUCUCUGGGCAUUGAGACUGCAGGUGGAGUUAUGACGCCUCUAAUCAAACGAAACACCACCAUCCCGGCAAAGCAGACCCAGAUCUUCUCCACAUAUUCAGACAACCAGCCAGGUGUGCUGAUUCAGGUGUAUGAGGGUGAGAGAGCCAUGACCAAGGACAACAACCUCCUGGGUAAAUUUGAGCUCACAGGUAUCCCUCCUGCUCCCCGAGGUGUACCGCAGGUGGAGGUAACUUUCGACAUCGAUGCCAAUGGCAUCCUGAAUGUGUCUGCUGUCGACAAAAGCACUGGCAAAGAAAACAAAAUCACCAUUACUAAUGACAAAGGCCGCCUCAGCAAAGAGGAGAUUGAACGGAUGGUGCAGGACUCUGAAAAGUACAAGGCUGAGGACGACAUGCAGAGGGAUAAGAUAGCAGCAAAGAACUCAUUGGAGUCAUACUCCUACCACAUGAAGAGCAGUGUCGAGGAUGAGAAUAUGAAAGGAAAGAUUAGCGAGGAGGAAAGAAAGAUGGUCAUUGACAAGUGCAACCAGGUGAUCUCCUGGCUGGAGAACAACCAGCUAGCAGAGAAAGACGAGUAUGAGCAUCAGCAGAAUGAACUAGAGAAGGUGUGCAAGCCAAUUGUGACCAAGUUGUAUCAGGGAGCAGCACAGUCAGGAAGCUGCGGCAGCCAGGCAGGGGGCAGCUCUACAGGCCCCACUAUUGAAGAAGUGGACUAAAAACAUGGGAGUCACUAUUUUGUUUACAGGAAUACUUUGUCCGUAUCACUGUUGCUUGAUAACAAAAAUGUAAUUUCACUGAUUUUUUCUUGAAAUGUCAUAAUUAAAACACUUUAAAAAGUACAACUCUAUCGCUAUGCUUUAAUUUCAAGAGAAAACAAUGUUCAAAAUAAAUUAUACUUAUACUCCACUACA